AAUAUCCAACCAAGGAAUUGAAGAAUAUUCUUUCUCUUGUAAAACAGAAUUGUUCUCUUUUCUCUUUUCUCUCUCUCAUAGAUAAGGAAGGAAGAAGAGAAGGGAAGAAGAACAACAACAACGACGACAACCUUUGUUGCUUCCUUCCUCUUCAACCAAACCAAACAACAACAAUGGAAAAACACGCCGACACCAAUGACGUAACAACAACAAUAAUCAAACCUAUUAUUCCUUUGCCGCCUUCUAAAUUUCCUUUAAGCUUUUUCGAAGCAACAGUUGCUUCAACGGUGGCUUUGGGUUUUAUCAUUGGUCUUCUUGGUGUUUAUCUUACCAUGCCUGAUUCUGAUUAUAGUUUCCUUAAACUACCUCGUACCCUUCAUGAUCUUCAACUUCUUAGAGAUAACCUUGAGAGCUAUACAAGUGACUACACUGCACAAGUCUUGGUGGGAUACUGUUUGGUUUAUAUAUUCAUGCAGACUUUCAUGAUUCCAGGGACUGUGUUUAUGUCAUUGCUUGCUGGAGCACUCUUCGGUGUCUUUAAAGGUGUCGCACUGGUUGUAUUCACCGCCACAGCGGGAGCUUCUUCGUGUUUUUUCCUGUCAAAAAUUAUUGGUCGACCCCUUCUCUUCUCACUCUGGCCAGACAAGUUGAAGUUCUUCCAAACUCAGGUGGCUAAAAGAAGAAAGAGUUUGUUGAACUACAUGCUUUUUCUGAGACUGACUCCGACUCUUCCUAACACGUUUAUAAAUUUCGCGUCACCAAUUGUGGAUGUUCCAUAUCAUAUUUUCUUCCUAGGAACUGUCAUUGGACUCAUACCUGCUGCUUAUGUCACUGUCAGGGCCGGGUUAGCUCUUGGGGAACUACAAUCUGUGGGAGAUCUCUAUGAUUUCAAUUCAAUCGCCACGUUAUUCUUCAUAGGCAUCAUUUCAGUUACACCAACACUAAUGGGCAAGAAAGAUUCAUAACAGCUCAGAAGCCACUAAUCAUGUUUAUGGAAGGCCAUGUCUCAUAACAGGCCGAUACCAACUCCAGUAUGUGUACAUAUCUUCAGGAAAAAACGAUUGCAGCAUGGUUAGCCGCUAAUGGUUUCACUGCCAAGUGCUGCAGUAAUUCAAGACAAUCAUAUUAUUGACGCCGGUGGCAAGAAACGACGUUCAAAAGAAUUGAUUUAUGCUCAUUGUUCAUACGCUGUUAUGUAUAAAAACAUACGCUUGUUGACAGUAGUUCCUUUAUUAUCACGCAUUUUUUCAUUCACAAUAAUGUAGUUCAUUCAAAGUGUUUUCUUGAUUUUUCCUAUCUUUAGGAAUUAGGAUGCAUAUCAGUUUUUAAUUCAAUUUUCAUUGUACAAAUGUCUGCAUGCUUGUAUCAGAAAAAAGGAUUGCUUUAAUGAAAAGUAAUGGAAGGUUAAAGAAAGUGACACUUAACUAGU